CUGCAGAGACAGAACGCAACACAAACAACACAGAAGAGAACACACACUUUAACAGAGUUUCAUCUCACAACAAGAAGACUCUACUCACUGAAGAUGCUGUGCACUCAUGGACUCCAGUCUGCCCUCAGUCCUUUUAUGGACUCUUACUGGCCUGUUGGCAGUCUGUGGCCAGAGGUCAAACCUCUGUUCUACCAGGAGGAUCUACUGCAGAGAAACCAACAGGAGCUCCACAGCAGGCUGCAGAUAAUGGACAAACUUCAACAAAAUGUCCUGGAGGAGACAGAGCCUUUCCAAACCAGUGUGGCCAUAAAACCAGUCUCCUACCAGCUGGACAAAGAGGGAGCGCACUUUGGCCUGACUCUGGACACUGAAGGCUUUUCCCCAGAGGAGCUGUCUGUCAGGCAGGUGGGCAAGAAGCUGAGAGUCAGCGGGAAGACAGAGAAGAAGCAGGAGGACGGGAAAGGCUGCUUCUCUUACACACUCCGGGAGUUCAGACAGGAGUUUGAUCUGCCUGAAGGCCUGAACCCUGAAGCCGUCACCUGCUACCUGGCUCCAGACGGAAGGCUCCACAUCCAGGAGGCCAAAGCGCCAUGUGUUGAGAGAGCUGAGAGAGAGCUGACUAUCAAGAGGAGGUUAGAGGAGGAAACACAGCAGAGUGUGUGUUCACACACGGAAGGCAGCAGCACAGAGACACCCAACAGCACACAGGACUAACCUGAAAACAUGGACUCAUCUACAUGACGAUGUUACUCUGUGGAGUUAUUGUGUUUUAUACAAGUUUUAAAUGAUGAACAACUGUGUUUCC